AUGCACCGAUUCAGAGCAAGAGCAGCGGCAGGCAAAAUAACAAGACGAGUCGCUCAUAUCACGCCGGAUCAUAACCCGGAUCUGACGCACGAAUAUGAGAAUGUACGCACAGCCUUCAUCUUUUCCAGGGUUCGGGCGGAGAUAAUAAGAAUUAUCGAUGAGGCCAUCCAGUCAGCUCGAGAGACGAUGGUUGCCAUCUCUACUACUAUCACAGAGGAUAGUACUACAAGUAGAGAUAGCCUUACCCGCGCGCCUGCAACAGCGCUGGAUGGGCUUGGGAAACACCUUUGGACAGGAAGAUCCGAGGACCUUGAAGAAGCCAUCCAGGUGCUUCGUAGCCCGGUGCUAGCUCUGACUAUCGAUGGAGACAAGGACCCUGUUGGUCGUCUCGCCCGCCGGCUGGAAGACCUGUCUGUACAGCUGUUGCGCCUUUAUAAACGGAAAGGGCGGGCCGGGGACCUUGACCAAGCCAUUAUAAAAUCCAGGAGGGCAUUGGCUCUUACGAGAGUGAUGACCCUACCCGUAUUGACCGGUUGGUCAACUUGGCUGAACAGCUCGCAAUACGGAAUAUACGGACCGGAAGAAGAGAUGAUCUGA